UUCUCCCGGUCCUAAAUCACAUAACCGGAACGGUUUAUGUGAUGCUCUUUGACUCGUCCACUCAACCCAGUCAUCUCGCCCGAGUCACUCUGCUCGUUCUUAUGCCAUCCCUCUCUCACUAAAAACAAUUCACGGUCCUCAAACCCCUAGGUUUUACCAUUCUCUCCGCCACCACCGUCAACCGUCUCGAUUACGAGCCCCCACUGCCGGCAAUGGAGCCGAUACCGACCGAAUCGGAUCACCCGAGUGGCGAGGAUUUUGUGCACAUCGACAACCCUAACCCUAAUGCCGUGGACGCAUUGAGCGAUAGCAUCGUGAACGUUGAAAAGGAGGAGGAGGAGGAAGAAGAAGAAGAAGCAGCAGCAGCAGCAGCAGCAGAAGAGAUCCGAGACGAGGAUAAUUACGACAGAAACGAUGGCGAUGUUUCUAGGAACGAAAGAUCUGAUUCCUCGGAGAGAAGGAAUGUGGAGCUCCCGGUGGAGAUUGCGAGGAGCGUGAUGGUUCUCUCGUGCGAAUCCUCAGCCGAGGGCGGCAAUUGCGAUGUGUACUUGGUUGGGACUGCGCAUGUCUCCCUGGAAUCGUGCAGAGAAGUUGAAGCUGUAAUCAGUUAUUUGAAACCACAGGUUGUUUUCUUGGAGUUAUGCUCAAGCCGAGUUGCAGUGCUUACUCCACAAAAUUUAAAGGUACCAACCAUGGCAGAAAUGGUAGAUAUGUGGAAGAAAAAGCAUAACAUGUUCGGUAUCCUUUAUAGCUGGUUUCUUGCUAAGGUUGCCAGCAGGCUUGAGGUUUUCCCUGGGUCUGAAUUUCGUGUGGCAUUUGAAGAAGCAAUGAAGUAUGGUGGCAAGGUGAUUCUUGGUGAUCGUCCUGUGCAGGUUACGUUGCGUAGAACCUGGGGGAAAAUGCCACUUUGGCAUAAGAUUAAGUUACUGUAUUCCUUACUUUUUCAAGCUGUCUUCUUGCCAAGCCCUGAAGAGCUUAACAAAAUGCUGAAGGACAUGGAUGAUGUUGACAUGCUGACCCUUGUGAUUCAAGAAAUGAGCAAGGAAUUCCCUACUCUAAUGGAAACUCUUGUACAUGAACGAGACCAGUUCAUGUCAUCCACAUUACUAAGAACAGCGAGUGAGCAUAGUUCAGUCGUUGCGGUCGUUGGUAAAGGCCACUUGCAAGGAAUUAAGAAAUAUUGGAGGCAGCCUGUUUUGAUAGAUGAUCUCAUGACAGUUCCUUCAAAGAAACCGACAGUUCCAACCGGCAAAAUUCUGGUAUCGCUGGGCAUUGCGGCUGCCGGUGUGGCUAUCGCAUCAGGUAUCUAUCUUGCAGGCAAGAAAUAAUCCACUAAUAACAUUAUUGUUUGGGCAAAACUAGAAUUUUUGUGAAAAAUCCUGCCAUAAGCCCUAUAACUAGUUUCUUUCACAACUAAAAUUGGGACCCAUCGAAAAACAGGUGCUCUAUACAUGUUUUUUUUUUUGGCAUAGAUAUCAUUUUUCAAGGCAAUUUUAUUAUUUUGUAUCCAUGUUUAUAUUCAUAAAUUUCGUUUUUAGUCUUCA